AUGCAUAAAGGUCAUAACCGUGUCACUGCAAGUUCCUACCAAAGUGUUGACAAAGAUGGGAACAAGAAAGAGGUUGAUGAAAUCAAGAUAUACUAUGAUUGUCGAUAUAUUUCACCUUGUGAGCCUGCUUGGCGGAUAUUUGGGUUCGACUUUCAUUUCAGGGAUCCUCCAGUUGAGCAUCUGUCUUUUCAUCUCCCUAAUCAACAGAGUGUUAUAUUUUCAGAUUAUGACCCAAUUCAAAAUGUUAUGAAUCAUCCAACUAUUAGACAUAAUAUGUUCACUGAAUGGAUGGAAGCAAACAAAAAGUACGAAUGGGCUAGGGAGCUUACAUACGUUGAGUUUCCAACAAAGUUUGUUUGGAAUAAUAGUGGCAGAGAGUGGCAACCAAGGAAAAAAGGCUUUUCAAUAGGGCGAAUGUUCUAUGUUAUUCUUGGUACUGGAGAACUCUAUUACUUGAGAACUUUGUUGACUAUUGUUCGCGACGCUACAACAUAUGAUGAUAUCAAGACUGUCAAUGGUGUGUACCUGUUAGACGACAUACUCUAUAAGCGUCAUAGUGUCCUGGGUCAUGCAGAUAUUCAGUUGACAAAUAAUGAAAUUCAAAGUUAUGCUUUGUUGGAAAUUGAAAAAAUAUUACAAGGAUGGGGUAAGAGUCUCCGUGAGUUUGAUGGAAUGCCAUUUCCUGACGAUGUUGAUGAAUUGGUGUCUGGAAAUAGGCUUAUAUAUGACGAGCUAUCGUACGAAAGGAAAAAAUUGACAGAGGAUCAUAAAAAUUAUGUCAACCAGUUGACUGAUGAGUAG